AUGGCGCUCGAAGCACUGCGCUUGGGGCUGUUGCUCCUGGUCUGCUGGGACUCGGCAGCCUCUUUGAACACUCAGUUUGCUCACCCUUCAGAAUACAGAACACCAAACUGCGAUCAGUAUGAAUUACCAGGAUGUCCCAGGGACUUUAACCCCGUGUGUGGAAGCGACAUGUCCACGUAUCCCAAUGAAUGUACUCUGUGCAUGAAAAUCAGGGAAGAUGGUCAUGAUAUUAAAAUAAUCCGAAGUGAACCAUGCUGA